ACUCAGCUCAUGGAAGGACCAUGUCCUGAGGACCCAGCCUCAUGUGACCUCUCCAUUCUUCCAGGUGGCUGUGAUCACAGGAAUCCAUCUGGUCCUGGGAGAAGCAUACACGGUGCAGUGGGACAUUGGCCUGAGGGACCAGGAGAAAAUAGACUGUUAUCCCGAUGAGCAUGGAGCUUCUGAGGCCAACUGCCUGGCCCGAGGCUGCGUGUGGGAGGCAUCCAUUACCCCUGGGGUCCCAUUCUGCUACUUUGUGAAUGAUCUGUAUUCAGUCAGCAAUGUGCAGUAUACCUCACACGGGGCCACAGCUGACAUCUCCUUGAAGUCUUCUCGUAAUAUCAAUGCCUUCCCCUCCACACCUGUGACCCCUCUGCGCCUGCUCGUGACCUUCCACAAGAAUGAGAUGCUGCAGUUCAAGAUUUAUGAUCCCAACCACAUGCGGUAUGAAGUCCCAAUCCCUCUGAACAUCCCCAGCGCUCCCAGCAGCUCUACUGAGGCCCGACUCUAUGAUGUCAGCAUUAAGGAGAACCCAUUUGGGAUUGAAAUUCGCCGGAAGAGCACAGGCACUGUCAUCUGGGACUCUCAGGUCCUGGGCUUCACCUUCAAUGACAUGUUCAUCCGCAUCUCCACCCGCCUUCCCUCCGACUACAUCUAUGGCUUUGGGGAAACCGAGCACACGGCCUUCAGGAGAGACUUGAACUGGCACACGUGGGGCAUGUUUUCCAGAGACGAACCCCCGGGGUUCAAGAAGAAUUCUUAUGGUGUGCACCCCUACUACAUGGGCCUAGAGGAGGAUGGCAGUGCCCACGGAGUCCUCCUGCUCAACAGCAAUGCCAUGGAUGUGACCUUCCUUCCGAUGCCGGCCCUGACGUACCGCACCACAGGGGGAGUUCUGGACUUUUAUGUGUUCUUGGGGCCCACUCCAGAGCUUGUCACUCAGCAGUACACUGAGGUGAUUGGCCGGCCUGUGAUGGUGCCUUACUGGUCCCUGGGGUUCCAGCUGUGUCGCUAUGGCUAUGAGAACGAUGCUGAGAUCUCCAGCUUGUAUGAUGAGAUGGUGGCUGCCCAGAUUCCCUACGAUGUGCAGUACUCAGACAUCGACUACAUGGAGCGGCAGCUGGACUUCACCCUCAGCUCCAAGUUCACUGGGCUUCCAGCCCUGAUCAAUCGCAUGAAGGCGGAUGGCAUGCGGGUCAUCCUCAUUCUGGACCCAGCCAUUUCUGGCAAUGAGACAGAGCCGUAUCCGGCCUUCACUCGUGGUGUGCAGGAUGAUGUCUUCAUCAAGUUUCCCAAUGAUGGAGAAAUUGUCUGGGGCAAGGUCUGGCCAGAUUUCCCUAAUAUUGUGGUGAACAAUUCUCUGGACUGGGACAGCCAAGUGGAGCAAUACAGAGCUUAUGUGGCCUUCCCAGACUUUUUCCGGAACUCGACUGCCCUGUGGUGGAAGAGGGAAAUGAAAGAGCUCCACUCCAAUCCACAGAGCCCAGAGAAGAGCUUGAAGUUUGAUGGCAUGUGGAUUGAUAUGAAUGAACCUUCGAGCUUUGUGAAUGGGGCAGUUCCAUCUGGCUGCAGGGAUACGACUCUGAACCGUCCACCCUACAUGCCACAUUUGGCAGGCAGGGACCGAGGCCUGAGCAGCAAGACCCUGUGCAUGGAGAGCGAGCAGAUCCUUCCAGACGGCUCCCGAGUGCGGCACUACGAUGUCCACAGCCUGUAUGGCUGGUCCCAGACCAGACCCACCUAUGAGGCCGUGCAGGAGGCCACAGGGCAGCGAGGCAUCGUCAUCACCCGCUCCACAUUCCCUUCUUCUGGGCGCUGGGCAGGACACUGGCUGGGAGACAACACAGCUGCCUGGGACCAGCUGAGGAAGUCCAUCAUUGGCAUGAUGGAGUUCAGCCUCUUUGGCAUAUCCUAUACAGGGGCAGAUAUCUGUGGGUUCUUCCAAGAUGCAGAGUAUGAGAUGUGUGCUCGCUGGAUGCAGCUGGGGGCCUUUUACCCUUUCUCCAGGAACCACAACACCAUCGGGACCCGGAGGCAAGACCCUGUGUCCUGGGAUGCAGACUUUGUGAACCUUUCCAGAAGUGUCCUAGAGACCAGAUAUACCUUGUUGCCGUAUCUCUACACCUUGAUGCACAAGGCCAGCACGGAGGGCGUGACUGUGGUGCGGCCUCUCCUCCAUGAGUUUGUGUCUGACCAGGAGACCUGGGAGAUUGACAAUCAGUUCCUGCUGGGCGCCGCCUUCCUGGUCAGCCCUGUCCUGGAGCCUAAUGCCAGAAAUGUGACAGCAUAUUUCCCUAGAGCCCUCUGGUAUGACUUCUACACGGGGGCACAAAUCAAUGCAAGCAGUGAGUGGAAGGUCCUGCCAGCUCCUCUGGACCACAUCAAUCUUCAUGUCCGAGGGGGCCACAUCCUGCCCUGGCAGGAGCCUGCACUGAACACACACCUCAGCCGCCAGAACCCUCUUGGUCUUAUCAUUGCCUUGGAUGAGAACAAUGAAGCCAGAGGCGAACUUUUCUGGGAUGAUGGGCAGUCGAAGGAUACCGUGGCCAAUGAUGCUUAUGUCUUACAUGAGUUUUCGGCCAGCCAGACACACCUGGAUGUGACUGUUUCCAAAUCAACCUACAAAGACCCCAAUAACUUAGCAUUCCAGGAGAUUAAAAUCUUUGGCACUCAGGCACUGAACAACGUUACAGUGAAACAGAAUGGAGUCCUAACUCCAAUGUCUCCUCGAGCCACUUAUGAUCCUAACCUGAGGGUGGCUGUGAUCACAGGAAUCCAUCUGGUCCUGGGAGAAGCAUACACGGUGCAGUGGGACAUUGGCCUGAGGGACCAGGAGAAAAUAGACUGUUAUCCCGAUGAGCAUGGAGCUUCUGAGGCCAACUGCCUGGCCCGAGGCUGCGUGUGGGAGGCAUCCAUUACCCCUGGGGUCCCAUACUGCUACUUUGUGAAUGAUCUGUAUUCAGUCAGCAAUGUGCAGUAUAGCUCACAGGGGGCCACAGCUGACAUCUCCUUGAAGUCUUCUCCUUACACCACUGCCUUCCCCUCCACACCUGUGACUCCUCUGCGCCUGCUCGUGACCUUCCACAAGAAUGAGAUGCUGCAGUUCAAGAUUUAUGAUCCCAACCACAUGCGGUAUGAAGUCCCAAUCCCUCUGAACAUCCCCAGCGCUCCCAGCAGCUCUCCUGAGGCCCGACUCUAUGAUGUUCGCAUUAAGGAGAACCCAUUUGGGAUUGAAAUUCGCCGGAAGAGCACAGGCACUGUCAUCUGGGACUCUCAGGUCCUGGGCUUCACCUUCAAUGACAUGUUCAUCCGCAUAUCCACCCGCCUUCCCUCCAACUACAUCUAUGGCUUUGGGGAAACCGAGCACACGGCCUUCAGGAGAGACUUGAACUGGCACACGUGGGGCAUGUUUUCCAGAGAUGAACCCCCGGGGUUCAAGAAGAAUUCUUAUGGUGUGCACCCCUACUACAUGGGCCUAGAGGAGGAUGGCAGUGCCCACGGAGUCCUCCUGCUCAACAGCAAUGCCAUGGAUGUGACCUUCCUGCCGAUGCCGGCCCUGACGUACCGCACCACAGGGGGAGUUCUGGACUUUUAUGUGUUCUUGGGGCCCACUCCAGAGCUUGUCACUCAGCAGUACACUGAGGUGAUUGGCCGGCCCGUGAUGGUGCCUUACUGGUCCCUGGGGUUCCAGCUGUGUCGCUAUGGCUAUGAGAACGAUGCUGAGAUCUCCAGCUUGUAUGAUGAGAUGGUGGCUGCCCAGAUCCCCUAUGAUGUGCAGUACUCAGACAUCGACUACAUGGAGCGGCAGCUGGACUUCACCCUCAGCUCCAAGUUCACUGGGCUUCCCGCCCUGAUCAAUCGCAUGAAGGCGGAUGGCAUGCGGGUCAUCCUCAUUCUGGACCCAGCCAUUUCUGGCAAUGAGACAGAGCCGUAUCCGGCCUUCACUCGUGGUGUGCAGGAUGAUGUCUUCAUCAAGUUUCCCAAUGAUGGAGAAAUUGUUUGGGGCAAGGUCUGGCCAGAUUUCCCGAAUAUUGUGGUGAACAAUUCUCUGGACUGGGACAGCCAAGUGGAGCAAUACAGAGCUUAUGUGGCCUUCCCAGACUUUUUCCGGAACUCGACUGCCCUGUGGUGGAAGAGGGAAAUGAAAGAGCUCCACUCCAAUCCACAGAGCCCAGAGAAGAGCUUGAAGUUUGAUGGCAUGUGGAUUGAUAUGAAUGAACCUUCGAGCUUUGUGAAUGGGGCAGUUCCAUCUGGCUGCAGGGAUACGACUCUGAACCGUCCACCCUACAUGCCACAUUUGGCAGGCAGGGACCGAGGCCUGAGCAGCAAGACCCUGUGCAUGGAGAGCGAGCAGAUCCUUCCAGACGGCUCCCGAGUGCGGCACUACGAUGUCCACAGCCUGUAUGGCUGGUCCCAGACCAGACCCACCUAUGAGGCCGUGCAGGAGGCCACAGGGCAGCGAGGCAUCGUCAUCACCCGCUCCACAUUCCCUUCUUCUGGGCGCUGGGCAGGACACUGGCUGGGAGACAACACAGCUGCCUGGGACCAGCUGAGGAAGUCCAUCAUUGGCAUGAUGGAGUUCAGCCUCUUUGGCAUAUCCUAUACAGGGGCAGAUAUCUGUGGGUUCUUCCAAGAUGCAGAGUAUGAGAUGUGUGCUCGCUGGAUGCAGCUGGGGGCCUUUUACCCUUUCUCCAGGAACCACAACACCAUCGGGACCCGGAGGCAAGACCCUGUGUCCUGGGAUGCAGACUUUGUGAACCUUUCCAGAAGUGUCCUAGAGACCAGAUAUACCUUGUUGCCGUAUCUGUACACCUUGAUGCACAAGGCCAGCACGGAGGGCGUGACUGUGGUGCGGCCUCUCCUCCACGAGUUUGUGUCUGACCAGGAGACCUGGAAGAUUGACAAUCAGUUCCUGCUGGGGGCCGCCUUCCUGGUCAGCCCUGUCCUGGAGCCUAAUGCCAGAAAUGUGACAGCAUAUUUCCCUAGAGCCCUCUGGUAUGACUUCUACACGGGGGCGCAAAUCAAUUCAAGCAGUGAGUGGAAGGUCCUGCCAGCUCCUCUGGACCACAUCAAUCUUCAUGUCCGAGGGGGCCACAUCCUGCCCUGGCAGGAGCCUGCGCUGAACACACACCUCAGCCGCCAGAACCCUCUUGGUCUUAUCAUUGCCUUGGAUGAGAACAAUGAAGCCAGAGGCGAACUUUUCUGGGAUGAUGGGCAGUCGAAGGAUACCGUAGCCAAUGAUGCUUACGUCUUACAUGAGUUUUCGGCCAGCCAGACACACCUGGAUGUGACUGUUUCCAAAUCAACCUACAAAGACCCCAAUAACUUAGCAUUCCAGGAGAUUAAAAUCUUUGGCACUCAGGCACUGAACAACGUUACAGUGAAACAGAAUGGAGUCCUAACUCCAAUGUCUCCUCGAGCCACUUAUGAUCCUAACCUGAGGGUGGCUGUGAUCACAGGAAUCCAUCUGGUCCUGGGAGAAGCAUACACGGUGCAGUGGGACAUUGGCCUGAGGGACCAGGAGAAAAUAGACUGUUAUCCCGAUGAGCAUGGAGCUUCUGAGGCCAACUGCCUGGCCCGAGGCUGCGUGUGGGAGGCAUCCAUUACCCCUGGGGUCCCAUACUGCUACUUUGUGAAUGAUCUGUAUUCAGUCAGCAAUGUGCAGUAUACCUCACACGGGGCCACAGCUGACAUCUCCUUGAAGUCUUCUCCUUACACCACUGCCUUCCCCUCCACACCUGUGACUCCUCUGCGCCUGCUUGUGACCUUCCACAAGAAUGAGAUGCUGCAGUUCAAGAUUUAUGAUCCCAACCACAUGCGGUAUGAAGUCCCAAUCCCUCUGAACAUCCCCAGCGCUCCCAGCAGCUCUCCUGAGGCCCGACUCUAUGAUGUUCGCAUUAAGGAGAACCCAUUUGGGAUUGAAAUUCGCCGGAAGAGCACAGGCACUGUCAUCUGGGACUCUCAGGUCCUGGGCUUCACCUUCAAUGACAUGUUCAUCCGCAUAUCCACCCGCCUUCCCUCCAACUACAUCUAUGGCUUUGGGGAAACCGAGCACACGGCCUUCAGGAGAGACUUGAACUGGCACACGUGGGGCAUGUUUUCCAGAGAUGAACCCCCGGGGUUCAAGAAGAAUUCUUAUGGUGUGCACCCCUACUACAUGGGCCUAGAGGAGGAUGGCAGUGCCCACGGAGUCCUCCUGCUCAACAGCAAUGCCAUGGAUGUGACCUUCCUGCCGAUGCCGGCCCUGACGUACCGCACCACAGGGGGAGUUCUGGACUUUUAUGUGUUCUUGGGGCCCACUCCAGAGCUUGUCACUCAGCAGUACACUGAGAUGAUUGGCCGGCCCGUGAUGGUGCCUUACUGGUCCCUGGGGUUCCAGCUGUGUCGCUAUGGCUAUGAGAACGAUGCUGAGAUCUCCAGCUUGUAUGAUGAGAUGGUGGCUGCCCAGAUUCCCUACGAUGUGCAGUACUCAGACAUCGACUACAUGGAGCGGCAGCUGGACUUCACCCUCAGCUCCAAGUUCACUGGGCUUCCCGCCCUGAUCAAUCGCAUGAAGGCAGAUGGCAUGCGGGUCAUCCUCAUUCUGGACCCAGCCAUUUCUGGCAAUGAGACAGAGCCAUAUCCGGCCUUCACUCGUGGUGUGCAGGAUGAUGUCUUCAUCAAGUUUCCCAAUGAUGGAGAAAUUGUCUGGGGCAAGGUCUGGCCAGAUUUCCCUAAUAUUGUGGUGAACAAUUCUCUGGACUGGGACAGCCAAGUGGAGCAAUACAGAGCUUAUGUGGCCUUCCCAGACUUUUUCCGGAACUCGACUGCCCUGUGGUGGAAGAGGGAAAUGAAAGAGCUCCACUCCAAUCCACAGAGCCCAGAGAAGAGCUUGAAGUUUGAUGGCAUGUGGAUUGAUAUGAAUGAACCUUCGAGCUUUGUGAAUGGGGCAGUUCCAUCUGGCUGCAGGGAUACGACUCUGAACCGUCCACCCUACAUGCCACAUUUGGCAGGCAGGGACCGAGGCCUGAGCAGCAAGACCCUGUGCAUGGAGAGCGAGCAGAUCCUUCCAGACGGCUCCCGAGUGCGGCACUACGAUGUCCACAGCCUGUAUGGCUGGUCCCAGACCAGACCCACCUAUGAGGCCGUGCAGGAGGCCACAGGGCAGCGAGGCAUCGUCAUCACCCGCUCCACAUUCCCUUCUUCUGGGCGCUGGGCAGGACACUGGCUGGGAGACAACACAGCUGCCUGGGACCAGCUGAGGAAGUCCAUCAUUGGCAUGAUGGAGUUCAGCCUCUUUGGCAUAUCCUAUACAGGGGCAGAUAUCUGUGGGUUCUUCCAAGAUGCAGAGUAUGAGAUGUGUGCUCGCUGGAUGCAGCUGGGGGCCUUUUACCCUUUCUCCAGGAACCACAACACCAUCGGGACCCGGAGGCAAGACCCUGUGUCCUGGGAUGCAGACUUUGUGAACCUUUCCAGAAGUGUCCUAGAGACCAGAUAUACCUUGUUGCCGUAUCUCUACACCUUGAUGCACAAGGCCAGCACGGAGGGCGUGACUGUGGUGCGGCCUCUCCUCCAUGAGUUUGUGUCUGACCAGGAGACCUGGGAGAUUGACAAUCAGUUCCUGCUGGGCGCCGCCUUCCUGGUCAGCCCUGUCCUGGAGCCUAAUGCCAGAAAUGUGACAGCAUAUUUCCCUAGAGCCCUCUGGUAUGACUUCUACACGGGGGCACAAAUCAAUGCAAGCAGUGAGUGGAAGGUCCUGCCAGCUCCUCUGGACCACAUCAAUCUUCAUGUCCGAGGGGGCCACAUCCUGCCCUGGCAGGAGCCUGCACUGAACACACACCUCAGGUGAGUGUUGGGCCUGGGCUCUGCU